UUUUUUGUUGUUGUUGUUUUUAAUCCUCUGAAUUUGAACAGAAGACAUCUUGAAUGCAUAAAUAUUUUGUAGCAAGUUUGAUUUCUAAACUCUAAAAAAAGACAAAUGGAAUGGAAACAAAAGUUAACAUUCCUGUCUCCAAGUUCUAUUUGGAAAUGUCUGGGUGAGGAGAAAAUAAAGAGGGCAGGGAUGUAGUCUGUUGUGCCGACCAAUAGUAUAUUCAGUUCCGGGACAAAAGUAAUUUUCUUUUAGAUAAGUGUUUGGAUUGAUCCUUUGCAACCCAUCUAUCAAAAGAGCAGAAAGGGUGGGUAUCUGUUUAAAAGCCUGAAUCUUCUUGGUUUUGUGACUAGAUUCCAUAUGUAUAGCUGAAGCCUAAAUUCCUAGGCUACGUGUUCUCUUUAAGAAGAUUUUUUGGGUAACUGAUAUAAAUACUGAUUUGCAUCCUUCUUAAAGUGUUGGGUUUUCAGUCUUCAUCAGCGCCGGCUAUCCUGUAUUAAACUAGACUUGUCUCAAUGACCAUGAUUUCUUUUUGGGUCAGUGGCUGUACAGCUGACAAUUACUUAGCAGGCUAAUUAUAGAAGUCAUAAAUGAAAAUCACUGUCCCAGGUGGUAACAGUACCAAUUAUUUGGACAUAGGUAGAAGUUUCUAGUCAAAUGUGUUCAACCAUGGCCUGAGACCCAUAGAGUCCACGUGUGUCCUUUAGUUAGCACUUCCGAUUGUUUUCUUGGGAAUGGACAUCAUGUUGACCAGCAACUAUUGAAGGGAGUUUGCUCUGUCUCCCUAGAUAAAAAAAGGAAUGGAAAUGGACUUUUGGAAAAACAAAUGAGAGAGGAGGUGGCGGGGUUAGGUGGAGAGAUGAUGUUCCAGUUACUAUAGCUGUAUAACAUUAUACCCCAACCUCAGCUGCUUAAAACAACCGAGUGAUGCUCACAGAUUCUGUGAAUCAGGAAUUUGUAGAGGGCAUCAUGGGGAUGACCUCGCUCAGCUCCAUGCUACCUUAGAUGGGAUGCCGACUCAGUGGCUGGGAGCUAGAAUCAUCUGAAGGCUCCUUUGCUCACAGCUGGUGCCUGGGGUAGGCUGAUUCAAAGAUGAGAAUUGCCAACCGGUGCACCAACACAUGUGGCUCUUUGUGGCUCAACUUCCUCAUAGCACAGUAGCCCCACUGUAGUUAAGGCUUCUUCUGUGGUGGCUCAGGUCUCCAAGCGCAAGCGUACCAGUGAGCAAGAGGGAAGAUGCAUCACCUUUUCUGAUCUGACCUCAGAACACAUCAUCUAUUCCAUCGUGUUCUAUCGGUUGAAGCAAUCACAAGCCUGCCCCGAUUCAAAGAAGAGGAGUUAGACUCCACCUUUUGAUGGGGCAGUGGCAAGGUCAAAUUAUAGAACGCGUAAUACAGGAGAUACUACUGCAAGUGUCUUUGGAAAUUACAAUCUGCCACAUUUGGUAAUUAGAGGAUGAUCUUUUCAGGUUCAUUGACAUCUUUAAAAACUUUAGGAUCUAUUCCCUCAGAGCUAACAGCAUACCAAGAGUGGCUAGUUUUACAAUUUGAGGGGCCGAAUAGUACUUUGUCCAAAGAUAGUCUUCAAACUGGAGAAACGCCAUUCCCUUUCUUUCAGGGACCUUCUGUUGCUCCCUCUGAAACAAGUGGGAUGCCACUAUGUGGAAGUUUCACAUAGCCUUAAGAAAAAGUAAACAGAUGCUGGAGUCUGCUGCCCCUGAGCCCCUGGGCAGUCAGACUGACUCCUCACGAGGCACCGCAGUAACUCCUUCCAGACCUCGGAGUGAAGACAAGUUUACAGCUGCCAGACAUCAAAAGGAAAUGCCCUUAUCUUAUCAUCUCCCUGCAUAAAUCAUGAUUCUGUAUUUAUGUUUCGGAAUCGUUGUUUAGUGAUAAGAUUUAUUAUAAGAUACGGCCUUUAAGAUUCUGACUUGUUUUGAAGGAAUGAAAUAUUUCAGAUUUGUUCCAUAAGCUGACUUUUAGUAUGCCGACUUCAUUAGUUCUGGAAAGAGCUGAAGACGGCCUAUAGUUGUCAAAGCCUUUCUGGACUGGAAAGAGUUUUCCUCUGCAGUUUCGAUGGAAAACUGCUUCUCUUCCCCUCAUUAAUGUUGUAUUUGCAGUGGAGUCAUGCUGACCUCUACCCCAGGCACACUGAUCCUGGGCUGACAACAAGAGGCUUGAGCCUGAACUUGGAUGCUGACCUUGUGGAACAUUGGUGGAGCAGAGAUGGCACACCAGUCAUUAUCCUUUUCUUCCGUACGCUGUCACCAUGACCCUGACAAAAGGUUCCUUCACCUACUCCAGUGGGGAAGAAUAUCGAGGCGAGUGGAAGGAAGGCCGCAGACAUGGUUUUGGUCAACUGUUGUUUGCAGAUGGUGGCAUCUACCUGGGUCAUUUUGAGAAUGGGCUCUUUAAUGGCUUCGGGGUACUGACCUUCUCCGAUGGCUCAAGGUAUGAGGGGGAGUUCGCCCAGGGCAAGUUUAACGGCGUCGGAGUCUUCAUUCGACAUGACAACAUGACAUUUGAAGGGGAAUUUAAAAAUGGCCGAGUAGACGGUUUUGGCCUGCUGACCUUCCCUGAUGGUUCUCAUGGAAUACCCCGCAACGAAGGUCUGUUUGAGAACAACAAGCUGCUGCGGCGUGAGAAGUGCUCCGCGGUCGUGCAGCGGGCCCAGAGUGCCUCCAAGUCGGCCAGAAAUCUCACUGCCUGACGGGCAUCGUGCACCCGCUCCCAGGCACAGGCCAAAGCGCAGGCCCCGUGACGCCCUCGAGGCGAAUCCAUGAACCAGAUGGGAGAGGAGAUGAGAAUGCCAACGGAGCAGAGGCCCGGAGACAUGCCCCCUCACCUGCCCGGUGGGGAUUCAGUGACGAAAGUCGUGAGGAUUCUGGCCCCCCGGCCCACAGCAGGGUCACCAGUUCUGUCUCUGCCUCUCUCCCUAGUUGGUAUUCUGUGUCCCUAACGCCUCGGGUCGCCCAGUGCAGACCUGCUUCUACUCGAUUUCCUGCCGACGGAGGCAGAAUCUCUUCAUUCUGCCUGUACUGGGGGCAGAUGAUCCUGGUCCCACGUUAGGGCUAGUGCUUUGUGCUACCCUGGAGAAACAAGGAGAAACAUAGGGGUGGCUUAGACAGCUCCGCAGUCCUGUGAAAGUCAAAGCCAGAGCGUUUCCUUGUGUCACCCCCUCAUUGGCUGCUGGUUGGCUUCAUGGCUCCAGGCCUUCCACUUUGUCCCCCCAAGCUGGUAUUUGUGUCUGCUUGUCCCCCUGUGAAGGGUACGGUAAGAGUGCGAUUUCCCUCUCCCCUGACUGUACAAGCUGUCUUCCUUACCUGAGUUCCAGCAGCUAAUUUGUGCCCCUUUUGUGCCUCUCUCCUUCCUUAGACACGGGACAGGAUCCCUUUUGGGGAACAGUCAAGAAACUGAGACGAGGAGUCAUCUCAUAACGUGUAUUUGUUACUUACUCUGGGGCAGAGGACAGGCAUCUCUGGGCCACUUAAGGCCCUACCGUGGAGUAAUUGAAUUCUUAGGGGUGGCUUGGGCUGACACAGCCCCUUCCCAGCAGACCUGUAGGUCAGACCCACCUUAACCCCUUGGAGCUUGGGGAGAAUUGGACCCAUCCUAGGACCGAAGUGAACCAAAAGAGAGUUUGGCUUCUUACAUUUGGUUUCCUAUUAACUCUUCCACCACAAGCUUAGCCUUCAGGCCUGGGGGUCAGAUCUGGACGGUUAGGAUCCCUGCAUAGUUCAUCAUGGAGGCCUCCAGUUAUCCCAGAACCCAGACAUGCCCACUCCACUCCCAGCCCCUUAUCCUCACACUGAAUGUCUCCUCAACAGCAGAUUGUGGUGGAGAUUAUAGCCGUGUGCCUCUGUUCUCUGAGUUGUACUGUAGAAACAAGUGUUUAUGGGGAAUAAACAAAUCACCAGAACUGCCUAUA